UUCUUCUUUUCUUCAUCAUCAUCAUCAUCUCUUGUUUCCAUCUUUAAAAGUGCCUUAAACAUCACAAUUUUCAUAGCAAGGAAAGAGAAAAAUGAUAGGGUUCAGUGAGAGACCAUGGCUUGUUGCUGUGCUACUGAUGGUUUCAAUUGUACAGUGCGUGAAUGUGGCUCUAGGAUCGCAGAAAGUACCGGCGAUGUUCGUCUUCGGAGACUCGAUAGUUGAUGUCGGGAACAAUAAUUACCUCAGGUCCUAUGCCAAAUGCAAUUACCCUCCUUAUGGUAUUGAUUACCCUGGAGGACCUUCUGGCAGAUUUUCUAAUGGGAAGAACAUCGUCGACAUGCUGGGCGACAUGCUGGGUUUGCCAAGUCCUCCGGCUUAUGCCGAUCCGUCUACAACUGGGGCGAAAAUCGUAGGGGGAGUCAAUUAUGCAUCUGCGGCUGGGGGCAUACUCGAUGAGACAGGCCGACACUACGGAGAGAAGUACAGCCUGAGCCAGCAAGUUCUGAACUUUGAGAACACACUGAAUCAACUGAGAACAAUGCUGGACGGAGCGGCUUUGAGCCGAUACCUCGCUGGAUCCAUUGCCGUCAUGGUCAUCGGAAGCAACGACUACAUCAGCAACUACCUUUUGCCUUCCUUGUACCCUUCCAGCUACACUUACAGUCCCCAGGACUAUGGGAACCUCCUUAUCAAUCGUUACGCUCGACAGAUUCUGGCACUGAACAGUGUCGGACUGAGGAAGUUCUUCCUAGCAGGAAUCCCACCACUCGGCUGCAUCCCAAACCAGAGGGCCCGUAGCCAAUACCCGGACCGAUGCGUCGAUUCCGUGAACCAGAUGCUCGGGACCUUCAAUGAGGGGCUCAGGUCGCUCGUGCAGCAGCUGAACAGCAACCACCCCGGCUCAAUCUUUAUCUACGGAAACACCUAUGGCGCCAUGGGAGACAUCCUAAACAAUCCCGCCGCAUACGGAUUCAGUGUUGUGGACAACGCGUGCUGUGGAAUAGGAAGGAACCAAGGCGAAAUAACGUGCAUUCCGUUUCUAGUGCCGUGCCCCGACAGGACUCGACAAGUGUUCUGGGAUGCGUUUCACCUGACACAGGCCGCUUCUUCGGUGCUCACCCAGAGGGCUUUCUACGGUCCGCCAUCGGACUGUUACCCGAUCAACAUCCAGCAAAUGGCUCAGCUCUAGUUCUCAGCUCGUUUGGCUUUCUGUGUUUCUGCUUGUGUUGCGUUUCUUUCCUAAGUACGUGUGCAAAUCUAUGGUGCAUCUCAAGCUGAACGCCAACCCUCUUUGGUGAGAUCAAUAAAUAUUCACUGAUGGCGACAAGAAAUCCAUUUGCCCUGAA